AUGAGCCCCUCGCAUGCUGCAUUGGAUUUCGAUUCCAAUGAGACGAGUCCCUAUAUAAAUCCCGCGGACUUGAUGUCUGAUCCGGAGAAGUUUGAGGUCCCGAAAGUCAGACAAGAUGCCUUUGGCGACGAGGAGUUCGCGGAGGUCAAGUACAAAGUACUCAGGUGGUGGCAAUGUGGUCUGCUGAUGGUUGCUGAAACGGUAUCACUGGGUGUGCUCUCACUGCCCGCCGCUGUGGCAGCUCUGGGACUACUUCCCGCGAUCCUCGUCUUGGUCUUCCUAGGUUUAAUGGCCACAUACACCGGCUAUGUGAUCGGUCAGAUGAAAUGGAGAUAUCCACACAUCUGCACGUUUGCAGACGCCGGUGAGGUUAUAGCAGGGAAAUGGGGUCGGGAAUUCCUCGGCGCUGCACAGAUCGUGUUCUUCAUCUUUAUCAUGGCCAGCCACCUGUUGACCUUCACCGUUGCCAUGAACACCAUCACAAACCACGGCACCUGUUCCAUCGUCUUUGGCAUCGUUGGCAUGGUCAUCUCAUUCAUCUGCUCGUUACCUCGCACUCUGGAAAAGAUGUCAUGGCUAUCCAUCGUUUCAUUCGUAAGCAUCAUGACAUCAGUCAUAAUUGUCAUGAUCGCCGUCGGCAUCACAGCACCCGGACAGGGAGUUGUCGCAGUCGUCGACACAAACCUCUACCACGGCUUCUCGGCUGUCUGCAACAUCGUCUUCGCCUUCUGCGGCCACGCGGCCUUCUUCGGCCUAAUGGCCGAGCUCAGGAACCCAAAAGACUUCACAAAAUCCCUCUGUCUCCUGCAAGGCAUCGACAUGGGCCUGUACAUCACCGCCGCGCUAGUAAUCUACCGGUACGCCGGCGACGACGUGACUUCGCCAGCACUGGGCUCCGCCUCGCCGAUGGUCGCGAAAAUCGCGUACGGCAUCUCGCUGCCGACUAUCAUCAUCGCCGGUGUCAUCAACGGCCACGUCGCGUUCAAGUAUGUCUACUUGCGUGUUUUCCAGGGUACGGACCGCAUGCACAAGCGUGACUGGGUCGCUACGGGCUCGUGGGUCGGUAUUGCGCUUGCGCUGUGGACCAUGGCGUGGAUUAUUUCCGCUGCGAUUCCCGUGUUUAGUAACCUGCUCAGCUUGAUCACGGCGCUCUUUGCUAGUUGGUUUACGUAUGGCUUGAGUGGGAUCUUUUGGUUGUUUAUGAACAAGGGUCUGUGGUUCUCGUCGCCGAGGAAGAUUGCCCUCACUUUGUUGAAUAUCGUUAUUAUUUCUGUUGGUGCUGCGUUGUGCGGUCUUGGUCUUUGGGUCUCGGGCAAAGCUCUUCAUGAUAACCCUAGCAGUGAGAGCUUUUCUUGUGGGAAUAAUGCUUAG